UUGACCAACAAUGUUCACUUGGAUCUCUAUAAGAAAAACUAAAGAAAAAGUUAACUUGGAUUCUAAAUUAUCUCACAAUUUAUUGGCUUUAAUGAUUUAUGGUCAGUUCGAUUAAUCAUUUUCUCCCUCGUUAUGAAAUUCUAAUAUUAUUAUUAUAUUACCAAUGUUAAUAAGAGUUCGACGUCCAAAAUCUAUCAUAUUAGAUAUCGAGGGAACCACGACCUCAGUAAGAUUUGUAUCCGAUGUUCUAUUUCCUUAUAUUCGAACUCAUUUGAGAAAAUAUUUAAACGAGUGUUGGGGUCAACCAGAAUUAGCGAUGACCGUUGAUCGAUUACGUGAUCAAACUCGUACUGAUCAGGAAAACGGAGCCAAAAUCCCGAGAAUAUUAGAUAACGAUGAAGCGGACGAAGAUCAAGUUCGAAGGUCAAUUAUCGCCAACAUUUUGUGGCAAAUGGACGAGAAAAAAAACAAUGCCGCACUUAAGCAAUUACAAAUUCUCGUUUGGGUUUAUGGUUAUGAGAAGCAACAUAUUAAAGGCCAUGUUUUCGAUGAUGUUCCACCGGCUUUACACCAAUGGAAACGGGAAUUGAACAUUAAACUUUAUCUCUAUUCAACUGGAAUGAUUGUUGUUCAGCAAUUAUUAUUUUCUUGUUCGACACAUGGUAACCUUUUACCUCUGCUUGAUGAUUAUUUUGAUGUUCUACUUGGUUCUAAACGUGAUUACAGGAGCUUCAAGAAGAUCGCUGCUUUGUUAGAUGAUCCUGAAUCUCAGAUACUCUUUUUGACAGACAAUUCUAAAGAGGCUCGAGCGGCAAUUCAAGCGGGUUGUAAGGCUUUGCUGGUCAAAAGACCUGGAAACAAACCGUUGACCGAAACAGAAGUAAAUGAAUUCAGAGUAAUCUCAUCAUUCAGUGAUAUUAUAAUCGACUAAUAAAAGGAAUUUACCAUUUGAAGAGAAACUUUUUUCUCUUAUUAAAAAUUCAAUUUGAAUAAAUCAUUUCAAGUUUUUGUUUUCGUAAA